AUAAUCUAUAAUAUAGGAUAGCUAGAUCAAUCUAGAUUCUAUUAAUUGAGUCUAGAAAAGCAGCUCAGUAGAGCAACUAGAGUCUAGAACUAGAUCUUAGAUUACUUAGAAUCUUAGAUUUUGUUAACAUUUUCUGGAUUAAAUAUGGAACCUAAUUCUGUUCCGAUGUAUACAGGAGCUUACAAUACUGAUCAUAUGUCUCAUUCUCAAAGUUUGGAUGGGAAUAAUGUGACUUAUUUUAACAAUUCAUAUCCUACUCAUUACCAAGGAGCACCUAUGGGUGUCUAUUGGUCUGAGCAGCAGUACUAUCCACCCACUAACCACUACUCUACAAGUAUGCCAUAUUAUGAGACUGACUACCCUCACUCAUCUAAUACAUAUUAUAGCCCUGUAUCUGAAUAUUUAGAUUCAUCUGGUCAAUCUCACAGAGAGAGAAAUCUGCAAGGAAUUAAAUUUCAUAACUUUGCAAGUGAAGUAAAACAUCCGCCAAAGAGACAAAACAAUAAUGUGGCAAGUUAUAAAGGAGCAGAAAAUACAUCGCUUCCAGAUGAUUCUAAACAAAACAGCUUUCCUCAGUCCAAUUAUGGUGUUUCUUUUCCAGGCUACAGAGGGCGUGGGAGACAUUUUUCUGCUAGUAAACGUCCCAAUUAUUGGGGUGGUCAGUCUCAAAAGAGUAAACAUGAUACAGGAUAUCAACAAAGAAAACAGGAGGAAGCUGGUCCUUUGUCUUCCCAUCAGCGCACAAAAGAAACAGAUCAGUAUUUACAUCAUUAUGAAAAAAGUAACACCAAUGUUCAGGCCUCAGCAUUAGGUAAUGGUAGAACUCAACAGUUUGAUGGUGCAUCAAGGGAGAUAACUAGUGAUGUAGAUCUUGUGUCAAGUCAUCAAAGGAGAGCUACUAAUGCUGGUGUGAACCCCAGUGCUUCUAGUUUUGGAAAAGGAACUUCUGAAGAUAGAGGAACUUCUAAAAGAUUUACAGAGAAAACAAAACAGGUCAAAAUGGAAGAAUCACUGUAUAGCUCAAAGAAGAAGUAUAGUUAUGGUCAUAACCAACAUUUCUAUGGAGACAAGCAGGCUAUGAAAUACAGAGGAUCUUUAAACAGAAAGAAUGGAGAAAGUGCCAUUGAAAAUGAUGAAAGCCAAAGAUCCACAUUAACAGAGCAGUUGUCUUCCAGUAAAUAUGAAUGUAUGAUCUGUUGUGAAAACAUUAGAGCAGAUGCUCCAGUCUGGAGUUGUUCUAUGUGUUACCAUGUCUUUCACUUGCAAUGUAUUCAAAAAUGGGCUAGGUCUUCCAUAAACAAAGAGGACCAGAACUGGCGCUGCCCUGGAUGCCAGAACAUAUCUUCAAAAAUUCCUUAUCAAUAUAGAUGUUUCUGUGGCUCCAGAAGAGACCCCAGGUACAGCAGAGGAGAAAUAGCUCAUAGCUGUGGUGAAGUGUGUAACAAGAGUAGACAAGGUGACUGUAAACAUCCAUGCACUAUCUUGUGUCAUCCAGGCCCAUGUCCUCCCUGUUGUGCUACAGUUUGGAUCACUUGUGACUGUGGGAAACUCAAAAAAAAUGUUCGCUGUUCUAAGUCUUCUAAGUUUCAGUGUGAUCAAGAAUGUGGGAAGCAAUUAAACUGUGGUAUUCACAACUGUAGAGCUGUCUGUCACUCUGGGUCAUGUCAACCUUGUCAAGUGGACAAAACUCAAGAAUGUUUGUGUAAAAAAUCAAUCCGAAAAGUUUUGUGUGGCUCAGAAGAAUAUACGAAAUCUGAUUUUCGUUGUAUGCAGAUUUGUGGAAAACUUUUAGACUGUGCUAACCAUACCUGCAAGGAAUUGUGUCACUCUGGGGAAUGCAAGUCUUGUGAACAGCUGCCCCAGAAUCUGCUGACUUGCUGUUGUGGUCAGAGUUCACUGUCAAGUCUUGAAUUAAAACAGAGACUGUCGUGUUUAGACCCUAUACCUACAUGUCCAUUACAGUGUAAUAAACCUCUGCCCUGUGGUUCUAAUUCUGAGCCUCAUUUGUGUGAAAAGAAAUGUCAUCCUGGAGAAUGUGGACCUUGUGAGAAAGUUACUCACAUCAGAUGUCAGUGUGGUAGCACAGAGAAACAAAUGCCUUGUGGAGUAGCAUUUACUUUUAAUGAAACCAACCCAUUGAAAUGUCAGAGAAGGUGUGGCAAAAAGAAAACUUGUGGCAGACAUAAAUGUUCUGACAAUUGUUGUGUGAAAGAGUACCACAUCUGUGAGAUAGUUUGUGGUCAAAAAUUAUCUUGUGGACUUCACAAGUGUGAAGAGUUGUGUCACCGUGGCAACUGUAAACGAUGUCUUCAAGCAAGUUUUGAUGAAUUGACUUGUCAUUGUGGAGCUGAAGUGCUAGAGCCACCUGUUGCUUGUGGAACAAAACCACCAGAAUGUCGCAAGUUAUGUUCUAGACAACAUAAUUGUCAGCAUCCAGUUCGACAUAACUGCCACAGUGAAGAGGUGUGUCCUCCAUGUACAGAAUUGACAGACAAAAUGUGUGCAGGAAGUCAUAUGAUGCGUAAAAAUGUACCAUGUCAUUUGACCAGUAUAAGUUGUGGCUAUCCUUGUCAAAAAUUGUUACCUUGUGGACAGCAUAAAUGUCAAAAACCAUGUCACAAAGAUAGUUGUCUUAAAGAUGGUGUUAAGUGCAGUCAACCAUGUCAAAAAGCUAGACCAUCUUGUGGUCACCCCUGUGAUGCUCCUUGUCACACCAAUGGUUGUCCUGAUGAACCUUGUAAAGCAGAGGUGACCAUAACAUGUCCAUGUGGCAGUAGAACCGCCACAUCUCAGUGUUUGUCUGGAGGUGAUCCACUGGCUAACCUUGCCCAGUUUCAACGGUUGAGUGUUCAGAGCUAUUCAGAAUUAGGAGAUCAAGGAUUAGAACUUUCUCAAUUUCUUCAAGCCAAAAAAUCCAAUAAAAGGCUAGAAUGUGACUCUAAUUGUGCUAUGUUGGAACGCAAUCGACGCCUUGCAUUGGCAUUAGAAAUUAAAAACCCAGACUUACAAGCUAAAUUAGGAAAUCCAGCAUUCACUGAGUUUUUAAAAGAUUAUGCCAAAAAAAAUCUUAAGUUUGCUUCCAAUGUUGAGAAAAAUUUAAACACUUUAGUUCAAUCGGCUAAACAGUCAUUGCAGUCGUCCAGGAGUUUUGCCUUCCAAUCAAUGAACAGAGAUCAAAGAAGAUUUGUUCAUGAGUUGGCCGAGUUCUAUGGCUGUCAGACACAAAGUUAUGAUUCUGAACCCAAUAAAAAUGUUGUGGCAACUGCUCAGAAGGAAAAAUGUUGGCUACCUAAUGUGACAUUGACUCAGUUGGUCAGUAAAGGUCAGACUGUGAAGGCCCCUCCACCCUUGAGCUCUACAGUGUCUCAAGGUGCUAACUACACAGUAUUAGAAAAGAAAAAAGCUGAUGGUUCCCCUAAAGAAGCCUGGAGUGGAACAGCAUCUACAUCAUCAGAUCAGAAAGCAGCUGCUCCCAUUGAUUAUUUUGAUUUCACAGAUUGACUUGUUUUUCCAUGUAUG